AUGUAUAUAAAUCCGAUUCCUGGUAAAGUGUUUCCAUCUAGAUUUUUUGAUGAGGAUGGUUUAACUAUGCUCCUCAGCAUGGCAAGAAGGUUUAGAGAGACCAAGGGAAUUCCAAUAAACACCUUCUUGGAUUUAGAAGCAUAUGCAUUGAAGUCCCUCUCUGAUGAUGAUAAGAUCCCGCCGGUCUACCCAAUAGGCCCGAUACUUCAUGUUAAGGUGAAAAGUGAUGACAACAAAGAUUGUGAAGAGAUCAUGGAGUGUUUUGACGAACAACCUUGUGGCCACCGGUUCUUGUGGUCGUUGAGAAAGCCUCCUCCUAAAGAUAGUAUCGAGGAUCCAUCAGAAUACGAAAAUCCUGAAGAAGUAUUGCCAAAAGGGUUCUUGCAAUGCACUGCAGGAUUCGGGAAGGUGAUAGGAUGGGCACCACAAGUAGCCAUUUUAUCUCACCCUUCUGUGGGAGGCUUCGUGUCGCAUUGUGGGUGGAACUCGACUUUGGAAAGUGUUUGGUGUGGAGUGCCAAUAGUAGCAUGGCCAAUGUAUGCCGAGCAACAUGCUAAUGCGUUCGAGUUGGUGAAGGACUUGGGAAUUGCUGUGGAGAUUAAGAUGGACUAUUGGAGAGGCAGUGAUCUUAUUGUGAAGGCUGAAGAAAUAGAGAAGGGAAUCAGGCGCCUAAUGGAGCCUGAGAGUGAAAUGAGGACUAAGAUGAAACAAUUGAAGAACAAGAGUAGAAUGACUUCGAUGGAAGGUGGGUCGUCUUACAAUUUCUUGAGAUGUUUCAUUGACAAUGUCAUCGAUAACAUUGCAUGA